AUGGUACGGUACAGUACGGACAGGGGAAGCUCCAUUUCCGUCUGAGCUCUCAAUUACGCCCUCCAAUUGGCCGCCUCCUCGCGAGAAACUGGGUCAACGCCUCCGAUGUUCGAAAUAUUCCGAGCCUUCCAAUUUUUCUUGAUUCCCGGCCCCAUCCCGUCCAACUUGCGCGAUAUCGUUCCUUCCGCCGACGAACAACCGUUAGCCAACACGGCCACCCUCCGCAACUUCUCGUCGGCCGCAACCCCCGUGCCCUUUUCUCCGCUCCGCCCGCCGAACAUCUCGCAUCUGCGCCAACGGCAAAUCUCGGCUUCGGUCCAUCUUCUUCCUUCCCGCUUUCCACGAUGUCGUUCGCCCUUGGCAUGAGGCGAUCAGGCCUCUCGAUGGGCCGCCGAAUGGUCCGUUUCGAGUCGACCAACACAACAACACAAAAGGCCGCCGAGACGGCUAAGCAGGCCGCCUCGAAGGCCUCGUCGACCGCGUCCGAGACCGUGAGCAAGGCGUCGCAGGGCCUGUCGCGCGUCGCUUCGUCCGCCGGCCCCGUUAUCGUCGGCGCUGCCAAGGGUGUGACCACCACUCUGAGCAAAAUGGGUGGCCGGACAGGGCGUCUGGUUGCGUUUGUUGAGCGUCAGACUCCCCUUGUCGUCUACUACUCGAAGGUCGGGAUCGAGUUGGCUAAGUUGGUCGUCAAGGGCCAAAAUAUGUCCCCACCUUCUAUGUCAACCUUCCAAGCCUACUUCCAAAACCUAUGGAAGCAGCUCCAGAACCCCGCCGCCUUUAUCUCUCGCAUUACUCAGUCGGUCAACGCGCAACAGGUCCGGAACCUCUCGAGGACACAAGUGGUGGCCGGGGGUGUGAUUCUGGCCGAGUGCCUGGGCUUCUUCACCGUUGGCGAGAUGAUUGGCAGGUUCAAGCUGGUUGGCUACCACGGCGACACGCACGCUACUCACCACUAAGCGGAGCCGGUUGACUUUCUUCCUUCCGCGGAGAAGUAUUGGGUCGGAAGGGGACCGUGUUGGAAAGCGCGCCUCCCCUACCGUAUGCCAGGUUACCGGUCAUUU